AUGGAAACUUGGUUAGUAAUAACAAUUUUGUGUCUUAUUCUUUCAUUAAUUCUCAGAUUCAUAAGUAAACUUAUCUCCCCUAAAUCUCCCCUACCUCCAGGACCUCCAAGAGUACCUUUCAUAGGAACCUUCACUUUGCUACAAGAAUAUUUUAAGGAUCCAAAAACCCUUAUUCAAAAUCUUAAUGCCAAAUAUGGUCCAAUUUUUACUCUUCAAAUGGGUUCUCACAUAGACAUUUUCAUUGCAAAUAGGUUUCUAGCACAUCAAGCUUUAAUUCAAAAUAGCACCAUCUUCGCGGAUCGGCCUAAGGCCGAACCAACAAAAAAAAUAAUUAGCAGCAAUCAACAUGACAUCCUUUUCAGCUUCUACGGUCCCAUUUGGCGCCUUUUAAGACGCAACCUCACUUCAAAAAUACUCCAUCCUUCACAAAUCAAAUCCUAUGCUCAAGCGCGCAAAUGGAUGUUAGACAUUCUUCUACAACGUCUCAAAUAUGAUUCGCACGAAAAUAAAUAUGUUUCCGUCGUUGAUCAUUUUCGAUAUGGCAUGUUCUCUUUGUUGGCUCUCAUGUGUUUUGGCGAUAAACUAGAUGAGAAUCAAAUAAGAGAAAUCGAAGAAAGUCAACGUGUCAUGCUUCUUAAUUUUUCUAGAUACAAUGUUUUAAAUUUUUGGCCACAAAUUACAAAGAUAUUAUUUCGGAACCGAUGGAAGGAGUUUUUGAAGCUGAGGAGUGAUCAAGAAGCUUUGUUGAUUCCUUAUAUAAACGCUAGAAGAAAAAUCAAAGAAGAUAGAUUAAGUAAAGACAUAGACAACAAUGUCAAUGAGCCAUAUGAUGAAUUUGUUUUAUCCUAUGUUGAUACAUUGUUGGAUUUGGAAUUGUUGGAGGAAGAUAAUAAAAAGAUUAAACUUGAUGAUGGUAAAAUCUGCACAUUAUGUUCCGAGUUUCUAAACGCGGGAACAGAUACAACUUCAACCGCAUUAGAAUGGAUCAUGGCGAAUUUGGUGAAGUACCAAGAUAUACAAGAAAAGCUUGUGGAAGAGAUUAAAAGGGUGAUUGGUGAUAAAGAAGAGAAGGAAAUUGAAGAAGAAGAUUUGAGAAAAAUGCAUUAUCUUAAAGCUGUGAUUUUGGAAGGGUUAAGGCGUCAUCCACCACUACAUUAUGUUGCUCCUCAUAGAGUAACAAAAGAAGUUGUUAUAAAUGGUUAUUUGGUGCCUACUUUUGCAUCGGUUAAUUUUUUGGUGGCUGAGAUAGGGAGGGAUGCUUCUGCUUGGGAUGAUCCUAUGAGUUUUAAGCCGGAGAGGUUUAUGAAUAACGAUAGUUUUGAUAUAAUGGGGAGUAAAGAGAUAAAGAUGAUGCCGUUUGGGGCGGGGAGGAGAAUGUGUCCUGGAUAUGGUUUAUCAUUGUUGCACUUGGAGUAUUUUGUUGCAAAUUUUGUUUGGAAUUUUGAGUGGAGAAAUGUGGAUGGAAUUGAGGUUGAUUUGUUGGAGAAGCUGCAAUUUACAAUAGUCAUGAAGAAUCCUUUGAAGGUUCAUCUAAUACCUAGGGUUUAG